CCGCACAUCAACCUCAACACCCAACCACCAACCCGACCACCACCUACACCAUCUUCGUCGCAGCCACCAUGUCGGACGCUACUGUUGGCCAGACGAAGCAGUUUGGAAAGGGCCAGCGGACUGUGCCGCACCCGGCCCAGAAGGCCCAGAAGUGGUACCCCGUGGACGACGAGUCGCAGCCCAAGAAGGUUCGCAAGACUCUGCGUCCCACUAAGCUCCGCGAGAGCCUCCAGCCCGGUACCGUUCUGAUCCUCCUCGCUGGCCGUUUCCGUGGCAAGCGUGUCGUCCUCCUCAAGCACCUCGACCAGGGUGUUCUCCUCGUCACCGGCCCCUUCAAGAUCAACGGUGUCCCCAUCCGCCGUGUCAACUCCCGCUACGUGAUCGCCACCUCCAAGCGCAUCGACAUUGCCGGUGUCGACUCCAAGACUCUGGAGAAGAUCUCUGCCGCCGACUACUUCACCAAGGAGAAGAAGGCUGAGAAGAAGUCCGAGGAGGCUUUCUUCAAGCAGGGCGAGAAGCCCCAGAAGAAGCAGGUUGCUAGCGCCCGUGCCACCGACCAGAAGGCCAUCGACCAGUCCAUCCUGGGCUCCAUCAAGAAGGAGGAGUUCCUGAGCAGCUACCUCUCCACCACUUUCAGCCUCCGCAACGGCGACAAGCCCCACGAGAUGAAGUGGUAAAAAAGUGCGCUGCGGCGGCCGCGGGUUCGGUAGAUAGUUUGGGAGGACUCAUCUUUCAACGAGGGGCGGCUCGAUUGCAAAUUGGCACCCUUUCGCAGUGAUGGAGGAGCGGCUCAUGAAUCAUGUAACUCAGUAUGGGAUCGGUUAAUUCGGACACUCGGCUGUUGUUUCUCUUUCAAACACACUCCCCCUCUUUCACGCGUGGCGCCGGUUCAGCAUGACUCCCUUCUCUUCGUCGGAGAAGGGGGGACCAGCCGUGAUGUGAUGAAAGACUUCUUACAAAAAAAGAUUAAAAAAUACCUCACUCCAGCAGCCCUGCUGGAUUCUCUUCAUGUUUAGUACGACAUACACCUCCCAUUUCCAGGUUCAGGCGGCAAUCCAAAAAAUUGGGUACUCUUUAUAAAUAUCUCCUUUUCGUGUAAUUGAAC